CAAAAUCCGUUCUUCCCAUCUUCAAAACUCCUCAACCAGACAAAAUGUCCUCCAGUAGCUACAACUACAACAAACUCGCGGGCAAGCAUGUCCUGAUCUUCGGAGGCACCUCCGGCAUAGGCCUGGGAGUGGCCAAACUAUCACUAGCUGCAUCAGCCAGAGUCACCGUGUCUUCAUCCUCAAGCAAACGCAUUGAAUCCACCAUCCAAGAUCUCAGGACAGAAUUUCCAAGUGGCCAGAUCCAAGGACACGUCUGCGAUCUUUCCAAAGACACGAUCGAAGAAGACCUCGAGGCGCUUUUCCAAAAAACCAACCAAGUUGACCACAUUGUAUUCACCGCGACCGAUGCACCAGCCAUCAUGCCCGUGCAGGAAAUUACUCGGGAGAAGCUCAUCGCUGCCGGUCAAGUGCGCUUUUUCGCGGCCGUACUCGUUGCCAAGAUCGGCUCUCGGUACCUCUCCCCGGGUCCCGAGUCAUCAAUUACCUUGACGACGGGGACCAAUUGGGAACGCCCGAUGGCCAAUUGGACGGCGGUAGCUGGAUACUUGGGUGGUACUUGCAGUGUUGCACGUAAUCUGGCGGUGGAUUUGAAGCCUAUACGUGUCAACGCUGUGAGUCCUGGACUGGUGAAAACUCCGCUAUGGAACGAUCUGUUGAAUGAAGAGGAGCAAGACAAUCUAUGCCAAUUUGCCGCAGCGAAAAAUCCGACGGGAAGGGUCGGUCUACCGGAAGAAGUGGCAGAGGCUUACAUAUAUUUGAUGAAGGAUGUGAACGUCACUGGACGGAUAGUGAGCUCGGAUUCGGGUGCUUUGCUUGUGUGAAGGCAUUGGUAGC